CGGGACCACAAGUGCUGGCUAUGCCAAUCCCGAUGGGCGGCCUCCCUCAACAGACAGGGUUCGCGUAUGUUGUUGGUUAUGGAAUGUGGCCAGGAGUAGGCCAGGCGAUUGAUGCGCACACGCAUUUGAACAAGUUCCACACAGGGUCACCAGGACUCAAUGUUCAGGUUGGAGCGCAGGUACUCUCGUCAGCGAGUGCAGGUACAUCAACGGACGCUGCAUCAGCAGGGUCAGCAGCACAGACGCCGUCGCCGCAGCCUGAUUCUGUGGUUGCUGCCCAAGAACGGCCUUCAGCAAUGCGUGAUAGACAGACAGCAAUGCAACUGCAGCGAGAUGAAACAAUGGAGACAUCAACAGCGAACAAGGGAAAUGGCAAAGGCAAUCAAAAUGAUUCGAGUGCAACUUCUGCAAGUCCAAGUUCGGAUGGCACCGUCAUGAAUGGGUAUCAACAUUUUCUUCCGGUUGGAGGUGCAAGAACAACGAGGAGAAGCUAUAGUGUGGGACUUUCUUUUGUCGACAAGUACA